AUGCAACAGGUGGUCAUAAACCUGGGCAUGCUGAUGAAGGAGGUGGAGCUCCUAGGGUCCCCGUCUCUCGCCAUGAUACUGGUCAACAGUUUCCAGCUGCUGUAUGUGGCGGACGCUCUGUGGAACGAGGAGGCCGUGUUGACCACCAUGGACAUAGUGCAUGAUGGUUUUGGCUUCAUGCUGGUGUUCGGGGACCUGGCCUGGGUCCCCUUCACGUACGGCAUGCAGGCGGCCUUCCUGGUGGUGCACCCCCAGACCCUCAGCUCACUGGGAGCAGCAGCCAUUAUAGCACUGAAUGGUAUUGGAUAUUAUGUCUUCAGAAAAUCCAACUCACAGAAGAACCAGUUCAGACGAGACCCUACACAUCCAAGUGUCGCAAGAUUGGAGACCAUCGCCACAGCAACAGGGAAGCGUCUGCUGGUGUCUGGCUGGUGGGGUCUCGUUCGUCAUCCCAAUUACCUCGGGGACCUCCUCAUGGCCCUCGCCUGGUCUCUGCCAUGUGGAUUCUCACAUCUCCUGCCUUAUUUUUAUGUCAUAUAUUUCGCCGUGUUGCUGAUUCACCGAGAGGACCGUGAUGAGAGACAGUGCAGGGCCAAAUACGGACUAGCGUGGGACACAUACUGUCAACGUGUCCCCUACAGGAUCUUCCCUUAUGUCUACUAAACAGCAGAGCAGGUGGCUGGAAAAGGACCAAAACUGUCUCACAACAUCCUUCAAGUCCUCAUAGCAAUAACCUGAAAUGUGAAUCCAUUUUCACUUUCAUAGACCACAAAUAAUAUCUGGUGCUUUUGCAUGUUUAAAUACAAAAUGAUGUUCACUGGAUCACUAUUUUCUAAGUUGUUGAAUAUUGACUUUGAAAGUUCAUAGGAGUCUGAUAAUGGUUAAUCCGUACAUCCAAACACAGCACAGGCCUUGGGAUUCUUUCUCAUAAAAAUUAGAUAAGAAAAUUAGUUUUUGUAAACGUGAGAAAAUAAAACACAUUUUUAAUUGGAAAAUACAACCCUAGAAAAAUGACAGAUGAAAUGCAAUUCCAUAAAAACAUUAGUGCCUUAUUUUAAUAAAAGGCAUUUUUACCAUGCUUGUUUUUUUACAAUGUCUACUUUUUUUUAAAGCGUGUUUGUAAAAUUCAUUUAAAAUAAACAAAACCCAAAAUGA